CAGCAAGAGUUCACUUGGGAAUCAGGGAUUACAGAACAAGUGAAAAUUGUUUUCCGCCGCAAAGCAGCUUCGCACUACACCAAGCGGAUCAAUGAGUGGAAGCAAAAAUUCGAUGUUGGCGAGGUCCCAAAGCACAUCAACCCAGACGUUUGGCGGGAUUUGUGUGCUCAUUGGACGAAAGAUGAUACAAAGUCUUUGUCGACAAUCAACUCGCAAAAUCGGUGUAGCGGGCGUGGCGGGAAAGGGAUGUUUGUCCACAACUUAGGGGCAACAAGUUUACAGACCCGAGCACUUCAGCUAAUGAAGGAAAACGGUGGAGUUCCCGUAGAUGAUUUUACCCUGAUGAAGAACGCCUAUACCAACAAGAAGACUGGGGAGAUUCAGGAUGGACUUAUUAAGGGCGUAAUCCAGGUCGUGGAAAAUCGAAAAGUGGAUCUCCUCGCGACUCAAGCUUCUAUGUGUGAAGAAGGCGAUUCUGCAUCUUCCAACUCCUUAACCGUAGAGCAACUCAACAACCUUGUUCUCGAGGCUGUUCCAAAGAAAAAGGGCCGUUAUGUUGGAUUGGCUCGUUCGACCGGAGGGGCUUCUUCUUCUUCUUCAGCUCACUAUCCACUCGUUGAUGAGCUUAUGGAGCAGAUUAAGACCAAGGAUACGGAGAUUGAGUUCCUGAAGCAAGACAAUGCUGAAAUCCGGGUUGAGCUCCAGCAAAACCGAAUGACUAUGGAGGAAAACAAUGUUCUCACCCAGACCUUGUUGCAGAAGUUUAGGACCCGAUUCGGUGAAGACUUUUAGUUGUUUUUUAAUUUUCAAAAACUUUUUAUUACUUUUUAUAACUUUAAUGUAUAAUAAUGUUGAAUUUAUAUAUCUAUAAUGUUUUUAAGAAAUUAUCAAUUUUUUCAUGAAAUUAAAUUAAGAAUUAUAAAAAUUAUUUUUUUAAUUAAAAAAGGAAUACCGACGGAUAGAGUUAUCCGUCGGAAUUUCUACAUUUUUCCGACGACUAAGAUCCAUCGGUAUAUUCAUGAUAUUCCGACGGAAUAAAGUCGUCGGUUUUAUUUUCAAUUACCGACGGAAUCUUUUCGUCGGCAUUUUCUGAAUAUUCCGAUGAACACCCUUUGUCGGUUUUUUUUAAAUUCCGACGAAUUCUCGUCGUCGGUAUUCUCUAUAAAUACCGACGGAUACGUAUCGUCGGAAAUUUUAGAUAAAAACCGACGGAAUACUUUCGUCGGUAUUUGCCGACGAAAUAUGUUCGUCGGUAUUUACCGACAAAUUUCCGACGAAUAUCUGUAUACCGACGAGAUGAUACCGACGGACAUUUUUCGUCGGUAUUCCAUCGGUAUGCGGCUUUCCCGACGAGAUUAUGACGGAUUUGUCCAUCGGUAUCGCGCAGUUUUCUUGUAGUGAUAUAAUAAACCAAAAAAAAAAGUUGCAUAUUGAUUCUAGUCUAGGUAGUAUGAACAUUCUAAAUCUUAUUAGCUGGUUUGAACAUAUUGUGCUUACAAAAAAAACAAAUAUGUUGACCACAAACCAUAAAUUUGCUAGAUAAAUAAUACUAUUACUAAGUUAAAAACUUCUUCUGAUGCUAUAUUUUGGCCGAAAGGUUGCGGAAUGAAUAAGCAACCAAAUACAACCAUGGAAAAUGAUAUUUUAAACAGGAAAAAGAACAAAAAACUUAUAUUAAUACAACAAAUGAUGACAAAAAAAAAAAAACAACAAAUGAUAAUUUUGUGAAUGGAAAGCUGGAAUCCACUGUGUAUAUAGUGAUGUCAUGAGCAUUUCUUUUCAAUAUCACGACGCCAAUUCAUUAUAAUGCAGUCUUUUCACUAUUUGGAUAGCUAUACCUCCGUACUAGGUUUUCUACUACAAUACAAGCCUUAAUAAUAAUAGCAUGGUCUAACCGACCCAAAAAGAUGUUAACCCUUCACCAGUUCCUUUUUUUUUAUCAAAAACCCUUCACCAGUUCCUUUAUGUGUUUAAUUUGUCGCCAGCACUGCUGCAAACACCAUUACCAUACGGUUGCCACCGCAAAGAGAAAACAAAUGAUGUUAUUUUAUAUAGAAAUUUUUAAUAACUACGACAAUAAAAGAUAGUGUAUUGGUAGUGUUAUUGGAUUAAUUUUGUUGUAAUCUGGGUUUAAAGUUUCCUUUGAUUUGAAAUUUUACUUUUCGAAUAAAAGCUUUUAAAGACUAACUUUGAAUAUGUGUCAGAUUUUCUUUUUUGAAAUUUGAAAAGAUUAUAUUUUAUCAAAAGACUUUACAUAUUUUCUCUAGGUUUUUUUUAGUCACUUACUUUCUUCUCCGGCGUUCGCUUGAGCUAUAUCUUUGAGUCUUUACUUCUUUUAUUCUCGAUCUUCUAACUUUUUGUGGUGGUCUUCUUUGCAGCGGAAGGAGAGAGAUCUCUUUUGCACUCUGCGGUCCAGAUCUAUUCCGAGUCAGAUCUGGUGGUGCAUGGUGUUAUCAGUGUGCUUGAAGAUGAUCUUCUCGGGUCGACGAUGCGCUGAGGCAUUGGGUUGUCUCUCCUCUGGUUGUCUCUUCCCAAUGUGGUGUUAGGCUGGUUGCGGAGGCGUCUUCGUCGUGAGGUAGGGUUCAAGAUUUGUGGAUCUCUUGUCUCUCUCCUCCUGCUUUGCUCUCCUCCGGCAUGUCUCUUGCUUGUGGCGGUGUGUGGGAGAGGUUGACUUCUCUACAUGCAUCUGUGACAUGCGUUAAGAUGUUAACUUCUCUCCAAAGUGGUCUUGUGGCAUUGGUAGUACGUCAGUUUGGCUUCUGGUUUUCUAGCUUGCUUGGUGGUAUUUCUCUGGAGGAGGUGAACCCACCCAAUCCUUUUACUCUAUAUGGACUUAAUGGUUUAAUGGGUGUAGACGGUCCCGGAUUGGUGGACUAUAAACAAAAAUCUUCAUCUUAAUUCUCCGAACGACGGCAUUAUUGGUUGCGGGAUACUCCUCUUGAUGCCGGUUUGGUGCUUCUUGGGUGAGUUAGCAGGUUGGGUCGUGAUUCUUUGGGCAUGUUAUGUCGUGUGGGUUAUCAGAAGCUGAAGUAGAUAUGUGUUUCACAGUCUGAGAGCGUCUUUCUCUUUGGUAGCUCGUGGCGUCUGGCCGUUCAUUCUAUCUCAAGCCAUGUUUUUCUUGUCUUUCACUACUACGAUGAAGGUUCAACCAAAGUCAGAAUCUCUUUUUAUAGUUUAUCUCUACUUAGGUUAGCUGUGUCAGAUUAUUUUAUGCAUAUCUACUAUUAUUUCUAUGUAAUUUAUGCCAAAAAUUUGAAAAUCUUGGUAUAAAUUUAUUAGACUUCUGUCCAAAAUGUUUUUUUGAAUCUAUGUGAAAUUUUGAGAAUAAGA